AGACACAGUUGUUGUCUCCAUCGCUUCUCUCUUUCUCUAUUUAUCACUUUCAUCAUCAUCGUCUCCAAAAGCCUUUACCACUUGAAACCUCCCUCUCUCUCUCUCUGGUUGACCCGAUAAGUUCUCUCUCGCAGACGCACAGAUCUCUCUUAGAAUCUGCUAGAUCUGUUCGUUUCCUUACAUCUGUAUAGCGAACUCUCAGGUCCCGUUUGCAGAUCUAGCGAUCGAUCUCCGUACUCGAAGUCUCUCUCUCUCUCUCUCUCUCUCUCUCCGUGUCUCCCGAGUUCGACGUAUGCUUUGUUUUCAGAUCUGGGUUUGUAGAAAUGGCGGAGACUUUGAAAGAAGAUUCGAUUAUGAUUCGGGAGGUUUGGGAUUACAAUUUAGUUGAAGAAUUCGCGUUGAUCCGCGAAAUCGUCGACAAAUUCAGCUACAUCGCCAUGGAUACUGAGUUCCCAGGUGUGGUUUUGAAGCCUGUUGCUACUUUUAAGUACAAUAACGAUCUUAACUACAGGACUCUCAAGGAAAACGUAGAUUUGUUGAAACUGAUCCAAGUUGGGCUUACCUUCUCCGACGAGAACGGGAACUUACCCACAUGUGGCACGGAUAAGUUCUGCAUCUGGCAGUUCAAUUUCCGUGAGUUCAACAUCGGUGAGGAUAUCUACGCGAGCGAGUCUAUCGAGCUGUUGCGUCAGUGUGGGAUUGAUUUCAAGAAGAACGUUGAGAAAGGUAUUGAUGUGGUUAGGUUCGGUGAGCUUUUGAUGUCCUCUGGGAUUGUGAUGAACGAUGAUAUCUCGUGGGUUACGUUUCAUGGAGGUUAUGAUUUCGGGUAUUUGGUUAAACUGUUGAUUUGUAAGGAGCUGCCUCUAAAGCAGGCUGAUUUCUUCAAGCUUCUGUAUGUUUAUUUCCCGACGGUUUAUGAUAUUAAGCACUUGAUGACGUUCUGUAAUGGAUUGUUUGGAGGGUUGAACAGACUAGCUGAGCUUAUGGGAGUGGAGAGAGUUGGGAUAUGUCAUCAAGCUGGGUCUGAUAGCUUGCUUACCUUAGGCUCGUUUAGGAAGCUUAAGGAACGUUAUUUCCCUGGAUCAACUGAGAAAUACACUGGUGUCUUGUACGGUCUAGGUGUGGAAGAUGGUACUACUACUACUACUACUGUUGCUUGAUUAAGAUGGGAAAAAUGAAAGAUACUUUUAUUAUACAAAAAAAAAAGUUUCCAGAGAACUGCAAAUUAGAUUUAGUCUUUGUGAGUGUGUGAGACCAAUUAGAAUUGUCGUUGUGUAAAUUGGCAAAUUGGUGUAGUAAGUGACUGUUGUGUCUUUGUUGCUUUAUUUUCAGAAGGGAAAAAAAAAACCCUUUUGAUCAAAUUGAGGGGGGUUUUCUUUUCUUUUUUUAGUUUGAGUUUCUGAAUGUAUAUCAAAUUCAGCUACCCGUUUAUUUAAAUAAAAUUAUCUCCAAUUAUUAUUAAUU